GCCACUGUACUCUAGCCUGGAAGACAGAGUGAGACUGUCUCAAAAAAGAAGGAAAAAGGAAGGUUGAGGGUAUUUCAGGAAACUCCAAGCGGAGUACUUCGCUCUACCACCUUUCUACCUGUAACACUAUGCAUUGGUCUUCUGUGGACUGUCUUGUCAUUCACCUUACCUGCUACUCAGAGUGUGCCCAGGGUGUGAUGAAGGGGUUCUGGAUCCAAAAGUUUAUGGAUCUUUCGUCCUGUCUCCUGUGAUGGCCAGGCCUAACUCUGAGGCAGAGCCGAGAGAAUUAUUUCCCACUUCCAUUUCCUUCAAGUGUUGCUAUAAUGUUCACUAUAACCUGAUUUUACAUCUUUAAAACUAGAGGUGGGAGGCUGAGCAGGGGCGACAUCGUACCUUGGCCCCUGGAGAUCUGAAUCCCUUCAACAGUCAGAUAACUCACAUAUAAUUGGCGCAUGUGGAGCCUCCUUGGCUCAGGGCUGCAAAAGAGGAGUGCUCUCACUGUGGAAUAAGGGGUGGUGACUGAUACUGUCCUUCAGCCUAGUGCUAGGUAGUGCUGUUGGCCACUCAGGACGAUAUAAAGUGUCCCAGAAGUAUGGCGGCCUCAGUGACUGCUUUGGUGGGAAGGAUUCCAGGGAAGAUGGCAGCUUUGCUUUGGAAGAUUUGGUUCCAGGGAGGUUUAGAGGAAAAAGAGGAUGAUGAUUUGCAGGCUUUCUCUAAAGAUCCAGAUGGAUCCCAGACGUAGUCCAGCCAGGAAGAUCUGAUUUUGUUUAUCUUCCUUCCCCAUCUCCCUAAAUAAUUUUAUCUUCAAAGCAUGACGCAGGUGUUAAUUAACACUCCCCACUCUCCUGGGAGGUAGGCAAGUGGAAACACCACCCCUAUUAGUGAAGCCCAGGGGAUAGCAGGUGCGGAAGCCUCCGGCAGGUGAGCCACAGGGAAGCAGAGGAGUCUCAGACCUUGUGGCCCUGCCCUCAGACCUUUAUUUGGACUCGCUGCUCACUUAGUUACCUUGGCACCACCUCGCUUUCUCAGUGUCCUUGGUUCCCAGUAAAAGAGCUGAGGCUGUGGUAGAAAAGAUGUAUGGUACUAUGGGAUGAAUAAUGGGAAGUCAAAGGGCUGGGAAGGAAUUCUGGUAAAAUUCACUGUUACUGUGAAUUUUAGAUGCAGGAUUCUGAUUAUGCCAUCGAUUUCAUUCAUUUGGUUUAAAAAAAUAAUGUACUAUUUACUUCUAAGUGAGGUGUAUUGCAGAGAGAAUCACUUCUUCGGAAAGAGCUGGCUUACCACUAGGGAUCCCGCUGAUUGGGAACUUGAUCCUUUAUAUCCCAUGCUCAAUCUCUAAAGCAAAGCCUGGAGUGUGGGGUUUGCUGCCUCUGCAGGUGAUGGCUUCAAGCGUUGGACUCUCGACAUCUGGAAAUGGAUGAGAAACCCAGGCUGCUGAGAACUAGCCCUAGACCUCCGCGUGAGGGUUCUUCUGCCGAAGACAUCACCAGUGUGUGGAGCCUGCCCCACACCCACCCGCUGCCAAACCACGGCCUUUACCUGUGUCUUCCGGUGUUUCCCGUGCGACCCAUCCUGUGGGAGUGCCUCGUGGGCUGCCCCAGAGUUCACCCCACACUCAGCAGCGCCAAUGGUGAAGAUGACAAGAUCAAAGACUUUCCAGGCAUAUCUGCCUUCCUGCCACCGGACCUACAGCUGCAUUCACUGCAGAGCUCACUUGGCCAAUCAUGAUGAACUAAUUUCCAAGUCGUUCCAAGGAAGUCAAGGACGAGCAUACCUCUUUAACUCAGUAGUUAAUGUGGGCUGUGGGCCUGCAGAGGAGCGAGUGUUGCUAACAGGACUGCAUGCAGUCGCAGACAUUUACUGUGAAAACUGCAAAACCACUCUGGGCUGGAAAUACGAACAUGCUUUUGAAAGCAGCCAGAAAUAUAAAGAAGGCAAAUACAUCAUUGAACUAGCACACAUGAUCAAGGACAAUGGCUGGGACUGAUUGGACAGCAUCUACCCAACCCAGUGUCCACGUGAACGCCAUUCAACUGAACAUUCUUCCCAAGCGUGAGAGAGUGACUGACACUUGGUUCCAUCCAUUUAGGGGCCUUGCCAUCUGGGGCAUCCUCCCACCCUGACGCCAUCUUUCUGGUGACCAGCCUCUAAAUCGCUGUCUCUCUGUCUCUUUGCUUUGUAUCUGUUUGUGAGUUGAUCCUGGCUUCUCUCUCUGUUCUAGUUUUGGCUGAAAACAAAACAACAAAAGGAACAGAUCCUUGACCGCAUGGCGGCAGCCCACCUUGGUAAGGGCCCCAGGGCCCGUGCGAGAGCUGCCUGACGGCCUCUUGUCAGGAGAGCAGUGGCAUGGGGGCGUGAGGAAGAGGGAAAGGGGAAACUGUUAAGGGUCCUGGCGCGGGGAAGGGGUGGAAGGGUGUGGAGGUAGGAACAAAAUUGCGCUGCUCCUGCAGACCUGAUAACUUAGGCUUGAAAUAAUUGACUUGACUAAAAGGACAAAGAGAAAAAAAAAUACCUCAUGACUGCAUUCUCUCUGACCAGAAGCUUCUGUUCCUGACACCAAAUGUGCCAGGUUAGCAAAUGAGCACAAAGAUGUGGCCCUGAUUCUAGUCGGCGGGGCGAGGGCCUGGUGCUCCUGGGCUGAGUGGGGGAGUGUUCUGGCAGCAGUGAGUGACUUGGGCAGUGGCCCGGUGGGUGCGAUGACCCUGGUGCCUCGCUCAGUCUCUGGGCAAUCAUCAUCUUUGCCUCUUUAGGCACCGUAGAUAAGGUGUGAGGGGACUGUCAUUUGCAAUGGGCUUAACAUCCAAAUAUCCCAAAGGCUUUGACCAGCAACCAAGUAAAAUCAGUAAUUGAGGAGAGCAGGGCACAAAGGGGCUGCAGUUUGGGAGCUCUGAAGAAAUGGCUCAGAUAUUGAGCCAGCGAAAUAAAAAGUAGGAUCAAUUAGCAAUUCUUACUGCCCUUCCUUCUGACCCCUCAUAAGAGGAGUGUGGUGAGGGAGGGGACUGGGUAGGGGUAAUCCCUGGAGGGGUUUAGAUUGGAACCAGUUCAGGUUUGGUCCAUCUUUCCUCUUUGGUUUUACAGUGGCUUCCGUGGGAUCGACAAUUUCUUGUUCAUAGAGUUUCGGGUGUGUUUCUCCAGUCCUGUUACUGUAGACUGUAGAAAGCAUGGGCCCCAGGCUCUGAGCUUAGUAAUAACCUGGCUGGUAGAUUCCUCAUGCCCCUAAUUGCCCCACUUAGGUCUGAAUGUCUUGCACGGAGAGAAAUCUGCUGUCAAUGUGGUCCAGCAGCAGGGAGGAGUUCUGCCCAAAUCCGAUAUUACCCUUUCCCCACAUCCAAACAUCCUUCGAUUAGGGAAGUGGAGAGCAUCCCUGUAAGGCCCAUAAGAGAAAGAGGAGUUUGUUACAUUUAAUCAACACUGUGAAGUCUGUUCUACAGCAAUUCAGCCAGUCCACAGUAUAUGACUGAAACUCACUUAACUAGGUUCGUUUCAUUUCCUAGACUGAAUAUAUUAUUGUGCGUGUUAGGUAAUUCUCAGCAUCUCCUUCUCCAAGUAGGCCGACCCUCUCGGAAAAUUCACCCUAAAAGUCUCACAAAAGAAUGAGUUGAUGGAGAGACUCUGUAAAGCGAUGAACUGAGAUGAAAGCAGCCAACAGCCCAGGAGCUUUUCAGAAUCACAUCUGCAGCAGAACCAAUUUCUGUUCGGAGCGCGUCCUUGGUGGAAAUGGUUUUUUGUGUGUCUCCACGCACUGAUGGUGGAAUGGGAGCCCCAAGACAGGUGUGGGCUUGCCCUGCCAGGGGCAGGUGGCAGGACUGACAGAAACCAGGAUAGCUCCAGGAUUCUCCAGGAUUCUCAGGAGAGAGCCCCUGUAAGACAAAUGGAUUCUUAGAAAUUGACUUUUGUUCCCCAAGGCUUCUGUCCAGAUCUUCCCAGUGCUUUCACAGCCCUGGGAGGUCAAGUUGUUCUUCCCACUUUACCGCAAGGUAGACUGAGGUUCAGAAGAAAUAUUGAAUUUCUGCUCCCAGAAGAACAGUUUCUCUGGCUCACAGGCCCAAGUUCUCAAUGAAAUCGUUUUUCAACUUUCACAUUCCUAAGCCGGCUUCCCGGCACAGAAGCCAUGGAUUUCCCCUCUGUCCCUUCCCCUCCUCAGGGAAAGUCUUCCUUCAUGGAUUUUCCUUAGACCCUUUCCUCAGGGAUUGUCCUGGCUAUUUAUUGAUAGUCUUUCCCAUAGGAAGAAAAUGAGGGUUAACCAUGGGGUAGGUGUUUUGUCUUUCAAACUGAAAAUGGAAUGUGGUGACAUCAGCUAGACAUGGGGUGCCCUCAAGUUUCCAGGGGGGCAGAGAAGAAGACCGAUGUGCCACUGUCCUUGGGGAUGAGGCCUUUGACUGUUGCAUGGAUCAGAGCAGGCUCCAGUCAGACCCUGGUUCUGAGUGUUUUUUUUUUUUCGAUGACUAUCCAGUGAGCCUCCAGUGGGUGCAAGGCGCCGUACUUGCUGUGAGAGAGCUGAGUAGAGUGUUGGUUUUUCCGUAACUACAGGGGAAAAAACUCAUUAGGCUUUCCCUUUGUGUCAGUGAAACCAAAAGUGCUUCUUACAACAUUCGCUCUGUUCAUGGGUUGUCUAUCUAACAUUGAGCAGCCUUGGAGAGGCCACAGCUGAGCUAUGGAGAUGCUAAAUUAACUCAUGGCCUCAGUCAGUUCAUUCUUUAAUUUCCUCACCAAAUUAUUGACUUAGAGCGUAACCAAAGACCUCAUUCAUUCACCCCAGGUGGGUUGGGGGAAUUGGAGUUUGUUGGUGAAGUCUGGGGGCGGGGUGUGGGGAGUGGAGACGGAGUAAGGAGACUUGAGAAAGGGAAAAGCAUGAAGUUCUAUACCUCAGCCAGCAGCUGCCUUCGUUUGGAACUGAAGUCCAGCCAGCAGACUCUCUAGCUCCAUCUCCCCUGUGCCACCCUAGGUCAUAUGACCUUGGCCACCCUGGAGUAGACCCAGACCCCUCGGGACCCGGGACAUUAGUCUCAGGCUGCUGAUGGAUUGAUUUGACAUGAAUCAAAUACAGCCAAACUCGAUACCCGCAAGCUGUCAGCUGGACCUGACUGAGUGUUCUUCCUGAGUUCACGAGGAUAGGCUAGAGUGCAUUUUUACUGGUGGAUCAGUGUGUGCAAAAGAGAUGACCCUUUAGAAAGAGAUUUUCAAGUGGAUAUAUAUAAAAGAAACAGUUGCUUGUAAAAUAUACUUUUGUAAAUAAUAUUUAAUUUUUUAAAUAAUAUAUUUGGUGCUGUUUUCUCAGAUCCCCUGAGAGCACUUUUUAUUUUCAUUUUAAAUUUUAUGGUUUCCUUUGCAUUUCAUGAAGUAUAUUUUAAGGGAAACAGUGAUCACCAAUACACGUUUUCGGUUUUUUAUUUUGUUUUUUUUUUUUUUUAAGGUCUCUAUCACUAAUCUGGAUCAAGGCUUUAAAGCAAUGCCUCUCUGCAUUUUUUCCCCAGUGGAACAGACUCUGCAGUACAUUAAUCAGGUUGAGAAUUGAAAUAUUUUCUUGCAUCAGUAUUGACUAGAAAAGAAAAUAAAUAAAACCAAGUUAAUUUAGUAGUAACAACUUACAGUGAUUCUUCCUGUUGGAAGAAUUUCCAGCAAAUCAGAAUCACGUUUUUGGUUGUGCGUGUGUGCGCGCGCGUGUGUGUAAAAAGCACUUUCAAUUGUGCCUCCUGUUUUCUCGAGUGGGGACACUGUAACUACAGUUUACACUUCGGGCGCAUACAGUUUUUCUUCUCUUUUUCUCUGGUUGUUUCUGUUUUUGAGUGGACCAACAGCAGAACCCACGAGGAUUUUCUGUUUUCCUGAGCAUGGAGCUGUUGCAGGUUUGCUCCUUUUUCUUGCUUUGUGUGCUCAGCUUUUCCAGACUGUAAAGGAGAUCUGUUGUUUGUGAUGAUGGAGCACAGUCAAAUCUGUGCUUCUAACUGAGAUGAGAGUGUAUUAAUCACGUAUCGCAGGGCUCCAGCGGUUUUAGAAGCCACAUCAUGUUAAACAUUAACUGGUUUGGAUUAAAAGAACAUUAAUAAAAUAAUACACAUAUCUUAGUGAUAAACAGCUUUUUUUUUUUAAGGUCAGAUUGCCUCAGGUUCAGAAAGAGGCUGAGAAAUCAAAUCUUGAACACAAUCAACUUACAUAUUUUAAAGGAAUCUGCCUCAAAUGAGAAAAUAUACUAGUUGUCUAGAUAGAGGAAAGAGAUAUUUAAUUUUUUUAAAUUAAAAUAGUUAUGAAAUCUACUGGCAGUAAAAGGUAAAGCCAAGAAGAAACUGAAAGCUAUUCUCAUGUUACCAAAUUCUAUCCGCCCAUAUGUUUUUGUAUAACAUUUUGGUGACAGUGGGAGUCGGUCCCUUACCCAACCUGCAGAGACUAUCUUCCAAUACAGAAUCUGUCUAUUUAUGCUUGUGUUUACAAACUGUGUUUGUUGGGUUUGGGUUUUUAUUUUCUUUGGUGGCAUUUUUCAGGUCACUAUGCUUCUAUAACAAAGGUAAUUGUUUUCAAAUAAUUUGUCUUCACCUUUUCCCGUAUUUGUACAUAGUGAUUCAGUAUUAAAGUGCAUUGUUUCUGUCAUAUUUCCAAUCUGUGUUGGUGCUCAUUUGAGAAAAUAAAAGUUUUCAAAUAUUAACUCUU